AUGGAUUGCAUACAUAAUCAUUUUCAUAGAUCAAUUCACUGCUGGCUGUCCAGCAGCCUUACAAGUUUAUUCUGCGUGGAAUUUGUGAGCUAUCUUCAAUAACUUGCGCACGAGAGUGAUUUCAAAAUUGUAUCUGCUGCUUAGCUAGUAGCAGUGUCAGAUAUUAUCUUCAACACAGGCACAACAAACGGCAAGUUUCGAUAUUUACGAGUCGUUCAUAGCAAUCAGGCUAUAAAUGGCAUACGAGUUCAACUCAAACUGACAAACGAACGUAAAUAUACGCAUCUCGUGUCUACUAUGCUUUCUAAUUUUGUGAACUAACAUGGUAUUCGCAUCUAUUGUAGCGUAUGUCACGUGACCUCCAUAGAGGGCCUGCUGAGUGUUUUCAGCACAGGGAGAGAGGAAGAAAAAUGGCGACUGCAGGCGACCCGGAGCGGGACGCCGGCCAUUCGGUUUGAGCUUUUUCCCGUUAAUUUAGACCGGGGACACACGGGACUCCUGCAGACUUAACGAAGCAAGCUAGUCCGUAGGAAGUGGUCGGUCUGCCCAGAAUUGCUGGAGCGGGUGGCGCACGAGAAGUGCAAACAGAAAUAUUGCAUUAUCGAACCUAGCUUUGCAAUAAUGAGAGGGAGAAGAGGCAGGCCGCCCAAACAGGCACUGAUGGGGGAGCCAUCCACCGCGCCAGUCCGCGGUUUGCGACCCAGGCGGGGAAGAGGUGGAAGAGGUCGUGGAGCAUCAGAUGGUGAUGGAGGUCCUCCACGGAGGGGAAACUACCAUUCUUCGCGGGGCAGAAGGAAAUUUGGAGCCACAACAAGGGGCAGAGGAAGAGGCAGGGGCUCGAGAGGUGGCCGCGGUAGCAGAGGGAGAAGACCAGCCAGCAAGAUUGUGUACGAUGACCAUGAGAGUGAUGAGGAGGAUCUCGUGAGUUUGCGUUCGGACGAUGAUGAGUAUUUACGGGGAAAUCCUCUUUCGGAUGAGGACGGGCCCUUCGACGAUGGCUCCGACUAUCAGGAGGAAAUACCGGACGAAGAUGAUGCUAGUUACUGCACCGAGAGCAGUUUUAAGAGUCAUAGUACUUACGGCAGCACUCCAGGUCGCAGGAGACCUCGCGCCCGGCGGCCUCGCUCCCCCAUCUUCGAGGAGAAGGAGAUCCCGCCGCUGGAGCUCCCCAAGUCGUCGGACGACCUCCUCAUCCCGCCGGCCCAGGUGCUCAACGCCUCCUCCGUCUACGAGGUGUUGCGCAACUUCAGCUCGGUGCUGCGCCUGUCGCCGUUCCGCUUCGAGGACUUCUGCGCGGCGCUGGCGGGCCAGGAGCAGUGCACGCUGGUGGCCGAGACGCACGUGGCCCUGCUGAAAGCCAUCCUGCGUGAGGAGGACUCCUCCAACACCACCUUCGGGCCGGCCGACCUGAAGGACAGCGUCAACUCCACGCUCUACUUCAUCGACGGCAUGACGUGGCCGGAGGUGGUGCGUGCCUACUGCGAGAGCGACCCGGAGUACCACCACGUGCUGCCCGUGCAGGAGAGCGAGGAAUACCCCUACGAGCCGCUCGAAUCCAAGGUGAAAGUGCUUCAGUUCCUGGUGGACCAGUUCCUGACCACCAACCUGGCGCGCGAGGAGCUGAUGUCGGAGGGCGUGGUGCAGUACGACGACCACUGCCGCGUGUGCCAUCGCCUGGGCGACCUGCUCUGCUGCGAGACCUGCUCGGCCGUCUACCACCUGGAGUGCGUCAAGCCCCCGCUGCAGGAGGUGCCCGAGGACGAGUGGCAGUGCGAGGUGUGCGAGGCGCACAAGGUGGCCGGCGUCAGCGACUGCAUCACCGAGGCGCAGCAGAGCCGACCGUACAUACGUCAAGAGCCCAUAGGCUACGACCGCCACCGCAGGAAGUACUGGUUCCUGAACCGCCGCAUCGUCGUUGAGGAGGAUGGCGAGCAGGAGGACAAGGCCAUGUGGUACUACAGCACGCGUGUGCAGCUGGCGGAGCUGCUGGAGACGCUGGACGGGGCGUACUGGGAGAGCGACCUGCGGGCCGCCCUGGAGGAGCUCCGCGACGAGAUCCACACGCACAUGGACAUCACCGAGGAGCUCACCAGCAAGGCCCGCGGCAACAACAAGGCCUACCUCACCGCCGCCAACGAAGAGAUUCUGGACCGUCUGAAGGCCCGGCAUGAGGAGGAGGAGAGGAGGCGAAAUGCUGCACAGGAGGAGCGCUGCAAGAAGGAGCAGGAGGAGAUGGAGAUGGAGGAGGAGAAACCUGAGCAGCCAGAGGAGGAGCAGCAGGAGGAGGAGGAGGUGAAGAAGGAGGAGAAGAGCACUGAAGAGGAGUCCUCAGCAGCAGCAGCAGUCUUGCCCCCUGCUGGCCCGGAGUCCAACAACAGCAGUGGCAGCGGCAGCGUUCUGGAGGCCCCAAAGCCCGAGCCCUCCCCUGUCCCUGUGGCUCCCGCUGCAGAGGCACCCCCCCUCCCGUCCACACUGCCCCCACGCAGUCCUGCUGCAGACGCAGGUGCCCCCCCUGCUGCAGACGCAGGCGCCCCCCCUACUGCUGAAGGGCCUCAGGGGACAGGAGAGACGGGCAACAAUGGCCCUGAGAGCACAGAAGAACCAGGGCCAGAACCAGAACCAGCCGCAGACAAGGACUCCAAGUCUCCUUCGCAGCCAGAGCCAGAGGCACCAGGCGAGGGGGAGGCCGAGGGCGAGAGGGAGGAGGAGGAGGCGGCCGAGGAGGGGUCCCCGUCCGGCAGCCCGUCGGCGCCCCCUAACGCAGGCGACGAGAACAGCAACAGCAGCCACUUCUCUACGUCGAGAGGGACCCAGGACGAGAACGCGGACACCGCUGUGGACGCUGACGCUGACAAGACCGGCCAGGAUGGCACAGGGGAUGGGAAAGAGCGGGGGUCUAACGGCGAGGGCGGUGCUGGCGGUGGUGUGUCGAAAGGCCCCCCCACGCGCAUGGUGACGCGGCUCCGGAACCCGGAGAGCAAGCUGAGCCAGCUGAAGAGCCGACAGGCAGCCGACGCCGUCCAGGAGACCACCAAGACAGGCUUCAAGGAGGGCAGCAAGGAGGUGCUGUUGGCCUCGUCCAGUGGUGAGGUGACCCGCAUGAGCACGCGUGGCUCUGCCGGCCGAGACCUGGUGGCCAAGGGCUCCCUGGGCAACUUCUUCAAACUGGGACAGGAGGGCAAGUACCGGGUUUACCAGAACCAGUACAGCAGCAACACGCUGGCCCUCAACAAGCACCAGCACCGCGAAGACCACGACAAGCGGCGCCACCUGGCCCACAAGUUCUGCUUGACCACGGCCGGCGACUUCAAGUGGAACGGCGCAGUGCACGGCUCCCGCGUGCUGACCGUCUCCACGCUGCGCCUCACCAUCAUCCAGCUGGAGGCCAACAUCCCCUCCCCCUUCCUGCACCCCAACUGGGCAUCGCACAGGUCCAACUGGUGCAAGGCGGUGCAGAUGUGCAGCAGGGCGCGGGAGUUUGCUCUGGCUCUGGCCAUCCUGGAGUGCGCCAUCAAGCCCGUAGCCAUGCUGCACAUGUGGAAGGAUGCCCUCGGACACACCAGGUUGCACCGCAUGACCUCCAUGGAGCGCGAGGAGAAGGAGAAGGUGAAGAAGAGGGAGAAGAAACUGGAGGACGAGGAGACCUUACAACAGGCCACCUGGGUCAAGUACACGUUUCCCAUCAAGCACCAGGUGUGGAAGCAGAAGGGAGAGGAGUACAGGGUGACGGGGUACGGAGGAUGGAGCUGGAUCAGCAAGACGCACGUCCACCGCUUCGUUACCAAACUACCUGGCAACACCAACGCCAACUACCGCAAGGACAUGGAGGCUGCCAAGAGUGGCAAUGUUACCGGCACGUCGUCAAGCGCAGACGUGAAAAAUAGUGAGGAGCCCUCGACCGCAGUGAAGUCCCCCGCUCCGUCGACCCCCAGCCCCACGGACUCCAAAGAGGAUCCACUAGCGAAGGCUGCCGGCAAAGACAGCGAGUCCUCAGACAAGACGCGGGACGGAGACUCUGAGGAGAAGAUGGAGAUUGAUGACGAGGCCAAGAAAGAGGAGUCCUCCGACUCGUUAAAGCAGGAAGACGACGGCCUGGAGGACGACAUCGACCUCCUGAACGAUGACGUCACCAAGGGGGCGCUGCAUCCGUCCCAGCGGCCCUUCAACUACGAUGUGGUGAACGUCAGCCAGGGCUUCCUACUCCGCACCGCCUACAAGAAGAAGGUGAAGGCCUCCAAACUGGACGGUCUGCUGGAGCGGCGUGUGAAGCAGCAUCUCAUCGAGGAGCGGCAGCGGCAGGAGAGGAGGAAGCAGCAGGUCACCCUCGCCGCCACCACGCCCAAACCCGACCCCGCCCUCGCCCUCGCCGCCGCCGCCACCACCCCUACCACCCCCACGCCCUCAACCCCCUCCUCCCUCACCUCCCUCACCUCCUCCUCACCCCUGCUCCCCACACUCCAGAUCAAGACGGAGGUGAAGCCGGCGGUGGUGGUGAAGGCCGACCCGGCGCUCAGGCCUGUGGAAGGAGGAGGAGUGGAGGCCUCGACUGGUACGACUGUCAAACAGGCUGCGGAGGACACAAACGUCGAUGGCAGUAAGCUGGUGAACCAAACACACAUCCUUCCUAGUACGGACUCACAGGGCUCAACGCCUCAGUCACAGCAACAGCAACCACCCCCAGCUGUAGCGGUAGCACCCUCCUCCUCGCUUUCCACUAACACAGCAGCACCGCAGCAGCUCUGCAUUUGCAGCCCUCCGGCGCCCCCUACAGGGACCACUACUGAGCAGCAGACGCCAACGCCAACGCAAGGCCUUCUGGGAGCACCAGGUAGCCAACAGGCCCCCAGCAGCAGCACAGCCACAACCCACACAAGUCCAAGUCCGCCUGCCGAGCCCAGCAGCCUUCUGCAGACAACAACGACGGCAACAACAACAACCACGACCGGGCAGCUGAAGCCAACGCCGACGACGACCUUCGCGUCCCCAGCAGGACUUACUGGCGAGAACGGCAAGAGCCACCAGGAGGAGGGGGAGGGGGAGGUCAAAGGUCACGCUGGAGAGGUUGCCAUGGACACCACGGCAGCAAGCGCCGUCCCAGUUCCUUCGUCGCCGGUGAAGGUAAACGGUCGGGGGGACGCCUACAUGGAGACGGACGAGGCUCAGCUGUUGGACUCGUUAGCGAAAGACCCGCCGCCUCCGUCGUCGCUCUCCAACUGCGUGGAGGCGAAAGCGAACAGCCUGUGCCCCCCGACAGGGGACGACGCAAAGGCCCCCUCGAAGGAGCAGCAGCCCAUCAAGCCCCUUCUUCUUAACGGGGACGCCGGGGCCCCGGGCAUAGACGCCGCAAGUACUCGGCUCUCUCCCCCUGUCCCAAGUGCGUCCGUGCGCGACGAUUUUGACGAUGGCGCACCCCCGGCAAAGAUCUCCAAGCUGAGCUGCAACAACAGCUUACAAAGCUUUCCCCCGACGGCGACGCCAGCGAUGGCGAUGGCAACCAGCGUCACUGCCACCUCCAACACCAGCAAAGAGCACAACAGCAGCAGCAGCAGCAGCAGCACAGUCUCCUCCCAGCGUCCCCUAUCAGACGUCGCGACUCCAAAGACAAUCAGCCCCUCCCCCCUCUCCUCCGCGGAGGACUCCAACCUCAGCAGCGACUUCCCCCAGGCUGAAGCCCCCGGCAACAGCACCACCAUCCCCUCCACGGCGACCGCCACCACCGCCAUGCUCAUGACCCAGGUCACCACCACCACCAUGACCACGACGACCACCGUCUCCACCGAGUCUCGGCUGGUUCAUCUGGCCACCACGGCAGCAGCCGUAGCAGCACAGGCGGCGUCACAGGCGUCUCCAUCAUCUUUGUCACUUUCGUCGGAGACUAAGAGCGCUGUCUCCACCACCAUCAACACCACCACCUCCAAAACCACGCUGACGCAGCAAGUCUCCUCCUCGUCGUCAAACUCCCGCGGUGUCCAGGCAGCUGCCGUGUGUGUCCUCAGCCAGGAGAAGAGCAGCUCCACCAAAUCCAGCACCUUCACCGCCGCCACCACCACAACGUUAGCUAAGAACUCCAAUGUUUCCAUGACGACCACCACCAGCAGCAGCAGCAGUAGUUUGGAGCACUCCACUCGGGAACGCGUGCGCCUGAUGAAGUUCUCGCGCACCAAGAAGGCGCGCUCGGGCACAGCGCUGCCCUCCUACCGCAAGUUCGUCACCAAGAGCUGCAAGAAGAGCAUCUUCGUGUUGCCGGGUGACGACCUGUACCGGCUGGCGCGGCGCGGCGGCCAUCUUGAGGUGCCCGUCUUCAGCUACAACGCCAAGCCGGCGCUCGAUAUCUGGCCCUACCCAUCGCCCAGACCCACCUUCGGCAUCACCUGGAGGUAUCGUCUGCAGACGGUGCGCUCGCUGGCCGGCGUUAGCCUGAUGCUGCGGCUGCUGUGGGCGUGCCUGCGCUGGGACGACAUGGGCGUCAAACCCUCCGCCAACGCCGGGACCACCCGCACAGAAACCUCGGAGACUGAAAUCACCACCACGGAGAUCAUCAAGCGGCGAGACGUGGGCCCGUACGGGAUUCGCUCCGAGUACUGCAUCAGGAAGAUCAUCUGCCCCAUAGGGCUCCCCGAGGCACCCAAAGAGACCCCGACGCCCCAGAGGAAGGGGCUGCGAUCCAGCGCCCUGCGGCCCAAGAAGCCAGAGCCCAAGAAGGAGACGGGGCCAAUCAUCAUCGAGACCUGGGUGGCCGAGGAGGAGCUGGACCUCUGGGAGAUACGAGCCUUCUCAGAGAGGGUGGAGAAGGAGAAGGCGGCGGCCGCGGAGCAGGCUAAGAAGCGUCUGGAUAUCCAGAAGUCGGGUGGCACCGCAGGCAGCGCGGCCGGCAACGCCAGCCCGUCCACGCCCGUCUCGUCGGGCACCAAGGUGGUGGUGGGCUCCCUCACCGGCCAGGUGGCACCGGGCACCAAGGUGGUGCUGGCCACCAAGAUGGGCACGCCUCUCACAUUCCAGCAGAACAAGAACUUCCAGCAGACCUUCGCCACCUGGGUCAAGCAAGGGCAGCCUGGCCAGCCAUCUGUGUCCCCUGGCGGUACCGUCACCGCGGUUGCCACCUCCUCGUCUGGCCAGACCUUCCAGAUCACUGGCACGCCGGUUUCCAUGGCUGCUGGCAAAGUCAUCACUGCCAAGCUGCCACUGCCGGCCAAUAGCAAGAUCGUCACCCUAAACGUGCCCACCACGCAAGGAGGUGUGAUCCAGCAGAAGGUCUUGGGCAUCAUUCCAUCCAGCGCCGCCGGCAACCAGCAAACCUUCACCACAUUCCAGCCCCGCACCACCACCAUCAACAUCCAGCCCAACACACCGGGAUCGCCACAGCAACAGGUGAUCACGGCGGGGGGUCAGAUUCGGCCAGGCAUGGUGAUCCGCACGCCCAUCCAACAGGGAGGCGCGCUGGGCAAGACCAUCCUCCGCACUCCCUUGGUGGUGCAGCAAGGUCAGCAGCAGGUCAUCUUCCAGGGCACGCCGGUGUCCGGUGGCACUGCUGUGGUCACCGCCGGGGGUCAGCGCGUAGCCGGGGCGUCGCCAGGACAACCCGGGACCCCCCAGACGCCCACGGGGCCCCGUCCCCAACAGGGCCAGGUCAAACUCACCCUGGCCCAGCUCACGCAGCUCACCCAGGGAGCACAGCAGAAGCAGCAAGGCCAGACGGUGGAGAGGCCACAGGGUGCUCAGGGCGGUGCGCAGGGCUUGACGGUGGUGGUUCAGGGUCAGGGCCAGACGACGGGCCAGCUGCAGGUCAUCCCCCAGGGGGUCACGGUGAUCCCUCGACCCGGACAGCAGCUCAUGCAGGCCGCGCUCCCCAACGGACAGGUGCAGCGCUUCCUCUUCACGCCCGUUCCCGCCACGCCCACCGCCGCUGCAGGAGCUACGGCCGCCACGCCAGGCCAGGGUCAACAGCAGCUGUCGGUGCCCACCCAGCCGCACCUUCAGCCGGGUGCCCAGUCCUCCCCGGCCCAGGCCGCGGCCCCCCUCCAGGCCGGAGCGCUCACCCCCCGCACCCCUCCCACCACGCCACAGGCCCAGAUACCCCCCCACCCACAGGCACAGAUGCCCGUCCAGUCUCCAACGCCACUGCAGGUGAAGGCCCUGGUUGGCCAGCCAGGUGCGGUCCUGAAGCAGGGCACCCCGGGCAGCGCCACCCCUCAGCCGGGUCAGCAGCAGCAGCAGCAGACGGUGCGGCUGCUCCAGACGGGUCCCGGCGGCACCCAGCAGCUCAUCACGGUCCCCGCGGGCCUCCAGAUCCAGCUGCAGGCCCCCCAGGGGGGCCCCGGGGGACAGCACAUCAAGCUGCAGCUCCCCAUCCAGCUACAGCCAGGACAGACGGUCGCCGGAGCAGCAGCCGCCCAGGGAGUGGCACAGGUGGCCGGCCAGCAGGUGCAGAACGUGGUGACGCUGCACACGGCGAGCGUCCAGGAGCAGCUGAGACGCAUCCAGCAGCUGAGGGAACAGCAGCAGCAGAAGAAGAGGCAGACACAGGAGGCCAAGAGGGAACAGCAGCAGCAGCAGGCUAACAACCAGAGCCAACUCAUCCAGAAACAGGUGGUGAUGAAACAGAAUGCGGUGAUCGAGCACUUGAAGCAGAAGAAGACCAUGUCCCCCGCCGAGAGAGAGGAGAACCAGAGGAUGAUCGUGUGUAACCAGGUGAUGAAGUACCUCCUGGACAAGAUCGACAAGGACGAGAAGCAGGCGGCCAAGAAGCGCAAGAAGGAGGAGUCUGUGGAGCAGAAGCGCUGCAAGCAGAACGCCUCGCGCCUCUCGGCCCUGCUCUACAAGCACAAGGAGUCGCUGAAGUCGGAGAUCCUGAAGAAGAGAGCGCUGCUGGACAAGGACCUGCAGAUCGAGGCGCAGGAGGAGCUGAAGAGGGACCUGGCCAAGCUGCGGAGGGAGAAGGAGAGGGCCCAGGCUGCAGCCGCCUGCCAAGCCGCCGCAACGGCCGCCAUCGCACACGCUCAGUCCGCCACCAUGCCCCCGGGGGCUAGCCCGCCGCCCGGCCCCGGCGGACACAAGCGCAAACGGGAAGAGGAGCGCGGCAUGAUGGGAGGAGGAGACCUGGGCGGCCACGGCCAUGGCAUAGCAGGAGGAGGUGCAGGAGGAGGAGGAGGAGGAGUGGUGAAGUCCAAGAAGAAGAAGAUGAUCUCCACUACCUCCAAGGCACUGACCAAGGACACCAAGCUCUACUGCGUCUGCAAGACACCCUACGACGAGACCAAGUUCUACAUCGGCUGUGACCUGUGCACCAACUGGUACCACGGCCACUGUGUGGGCAUCACGGAGAAGGAGGCCAUGAAGAUGGACGACUACAUCUGUGCCGAGUGCAAGCGGGCUCAGGAGGGCAGCACAGAGGAGCUCUACUGCAUCUGCCGAACGCCCUACGACGAGGCACAGUUCUACAUCGGCUGCGACCGCUGCCAGAACUGGUACCACGGGCGCUGCGUGGGCAUCCUGCAGAGCGAGGCCACCCACAUCGACGUGUACGUGUGCCCGCAGUGCCAGUCCACCGAGGACGCCAUGACGGUCCUCACGCCGCUCACCGACAAGGACUACGAGGGCCUCAGACGCAUCCUGCGCUCCGCACAGGCUCAUAAGAUGGCUUGGCCCUUCUUGGAGCCGGUGGAUCCCAACGACGCACCGGAUUACUACGGCGUUAUAAAGGAGCCCAUGGACCUUUCCACAAUGGAGGAGCGGUUGCAGAAGCGCAAAUACGUCAAGCUAACGGAGUUUGUGGCGGACAUGACCAAAAUCUUCGACAACUGCCGUUACUACAACCCUAGCGACUCCCCCUUCUACCAGUGCGCCGAGGUCCUGGAGAAUUUCUUUGUGCAGAAAUUAAAAGCGUUCAAAGCAAGCAGGUCUCAUAACAACAAGCUACAGCAGUCGACAGCUUCUUAGAGUUACACACCAUGAAUAAGCUUUCUAAAGGAAAAAAAAGAGAGAAUUACAUUUUUAUUGCAGAAAAUGAAAAAAAUCAAGAAAUGAUUGACAAAGUCAAACUCAAUCCAGGAGAAUCCAGGUGUUUUUUUGUUUGUUUUUUGCUCUCCAUCCACGGCCCUUAUACACACGCACGCACGCACGCACGCACGCAGCAGCGGCAAGCAUCUUUUUUGUCACAAAUACACACACACACACUCACACUCACACUCACACUCGGAGAUGGGAAGUUCCUCUGGGGAUCUCCGGCGGGCGCCUCGUGUGGUUUUGGGGUGUGCAAGCCGCUCUAGCCGCCCUAGACUCGCCGCCCCCGACUAGCCGCCCCCUGCCUGAGCAAUCGAUGGAUCGUUACCACCAGCAGGGCCAGGCCACCGACAAGGGAAGACAAAGGGAGUCAGUUGUCCUGGGCCCAGGGAGCGUGGGGGCCCAGAAUUGGGUCCUCAUUACAUUGCAUGUGUUGGGCGAGGGGGCCCUUCACAUGACUUUGUCCUGGGCCCGGCCACAGCUGUCAGCAGCCCUCACCACGGACUCCCUCCUCCUCUUCCUCAUCUUCCUCCUCCUCCUCCUCAUCUUCCUCCUCCUCCUCCUCAUCCUCCUCCUCCUCAUCCUCCUCUUCCUCCUCCUCCUCCACCUCUUCCUCCUCCUGCUCCUCCACCUCUUCCUCCUUUCCUCCUCCUCUUCCUCCUCCUCCUCCUCCUCCAGUGGAAAAGGUUUUUUUUUUUUUUUUCCUGGGCCACUGCUGUUGCUCCUGCAAACCCUGCUCCUCCUCUGUCCUUCUCCCCUCACGCUUCCCUCUCUUCCCUCCCUUCUCUCU